AUGCGUCGGAGGAGGAGUCCAACAAUACACAUAAACUUUCUAUUGGGGUUGAUUUUUCCAGUUUUGAUCUCUUCCCAAACCUACGAUGCAAUCCCCAUUGGCCGCCCAUUCCUCCGUCCACCACCAUCACCAAGACAAGAAAAUGAGCCAGCUCCAACACUGGCUCGAGGAUAUCAACCACCUCCUAGACCAUCGAAUUUCCAACCACCAAGAAGUUAUCCGAACUUCCAGAAGCCAUCGUUGAAUCUAGAUAAUAGGAAUUUCAAUCGACAACCUCAACAAUUCAAUUGGCAAAUGCAACAACUUCAACAACAGGAUCCAAGGAGGUUUCAGGGACCCGUACAUCAGCAGAGGAUUCCACAGACACCCCCAUCAUUCCUUCCAGCACGCAACCAUUUGAGAGCCGGAGCUCCAGGACAGGUUCCAAGAGUUCCGAAUGUACCAGUUCAACACUUCCAGGGACCCCAACAACUGGAUCCGGUGAACAACAUCAUUAUUCAUCUGUACUUGAAUGCCAAGGAUCGAAUGCCAUCCCACACGGAAAUUAAGACCCCUGUACAUGGAUUAUUUGGAAUCGGAACAUCCCAUGGAGGUCCAGGAUCGCAUUCGGAUCCAAUUGUGAUCACAAAGGAUUUCGAUAGAGAGACAUUGGAGUUUGUGGAUGAGGGACAGGCAAAGAAACUCUCCGGACCAUCCAAUAUCAUCGAGGUCAAAGCUACAGUAUCCACACCAAACCGUCAGCUAGAAAACACUGUAAACCACGCCGUGAACCAAGAAUUGGACCGGGCAAUUCCAAAAGUGAUGGAUCGAAUGAGAGGAAGUACAAUGACAAUGGAUAAUGGAAUGAGGAAAGAGCUAGAAGAGGCACUGGUUGAUGAGCUGGCAAAGAAUCUUGGAGAAACAAUUGAUAAUACAGAAAUCACUCAGGAAGAUCUGGAAAAACUUAUCGAGGAGGGUUUUGAUGAGGUUCAGAAGGGAGAGGAGAAGACAACAACCACGAGUAGACCUACUCCAAAGCUUGUGACGAUUCCCAGAACCACUACAACCCAGAGACCAACUACUACAGUAACCCCAGAUUUUAAUAAUGACGAUGACUACUUCACAGAGGAUUCUGAAGAUAUUUCGCAAACUAGUAGGGGUACGGUACCGACAGUAACUCCACCGACUCCUCCGCCAACGACUACGACUACAAGGACCACAACCACGGCUAGGCCCACAACUAGAAUCAUCGUUACUAGUACCACACGGGUAUGGACGACUACUACACAAGCUCCGCCUACUACAGAAGCUCCAACAACUACUACGGAGGCUCCAUGGGCACGAGCAACUAGUGGACAUGUUCAUGUGAUGCCAGGGAUCAGAGUGACUGAGACUUCUUCACCUCCGACUACAACUUCCACAACUACCAGAACUCCAACUACAAGGACCACUUGGACUCCGCCCCCAACAACCACCACCGCAACCACAACCACCACUCCGCCCACAACAACGACAACUUCCCAGACUCCACCCCCAACUCCAAAACAAACUUGGGCUCCAUGGACACCACCAACAACAACCCUUCCUCCAUACCAUCCUCCAACAUCAGUGGCGAUAGAUUCCGAAGAGGAAUUCCAAAAUCCAGGAGGUCCAGGAUUCGAAAUUCCCACCCGAAAACCUCUAAUAGAAGUUUCACCAUCGAUUGGUCCCACACACCAUGGAAUCGUGAAUUUGGAAUCCAACGAAGAAGAUUAUGAGAGUACGGUCACUUCGAGACCAGUUGCUAUGUUUACUACAGAACGCUCCACGGUUCUUCACAACUUGCCAACCAAGCCAUCAUCAGCUCCAACUCUCCAUCCAUCGACCUUCAGUCCCCCAUUGGUAACUGCCACCACCACACUACAAACUACAGACACCCAGGAGCCAUUCACUUUCUCACUGGACACUUCUACCCCUUCCGCUUCUACAGUAACCCUCGAAGACAUGACGACUUCUACCACACAAACUUCUACAGUAUCCCUUCGCCGGUAUACUGUAGAGGAGAAAAUCGAAGUUACCGCUUCUACCGUAACCGCCGAAGUCACCACCACUUUACCACCUCACGAAGACGUCAACACUUCUACCGCUUCUACAGUAACCCCUUCUACCCCACAACAACCAGAAACUUCCACCGUAUCCCUUCGCCGGUAUACUGUAGAAGAGAAAAUUGAAGUGCACCCACACACGAUCUACACAGAAGAGCCCUUUUUCUCGACGUCAUCUAUCGAAUGGAAUCCGACGACUUCUGCAGAAGACGUCGCGACGACGACGACGACAUCGCCAGAUAGUGUAAUAAUAAUGAGAGAGGAUGAGGAUUAUGAUUACACUAACGAGUUUGCCAUACCACUUGUAACAACAACUACCACUAUCAGUACUACUACUAAUGAUAAUCAACAGGUGAAAAAAUUCGGAAAUAGUUGGAAAACAUUCACAAAAAAACACUCAUCGAAACCCAAAAUGUCGUCUUCUGAAGAAAUUCAACCGAAUUUCGUCAUUCCAUCUGGUCAGUGUCCAACGCCGAAUCAGCCGAAUCUGGAUAGAAAUCGUACGGAUAUUCUAUUUUUGCUGGAUUCUUCUGACAAUUUCAACGAACAACGAUUCCAUCGGGCAAUUAAGCUAAUUGGGGAGACAGUUUCGAAAUUCAAUAAUUUCGGAUCGGAUGGUGUACAAGUGUCCUUGGUUCAGUAUAAUGAUGAGCCGUAUUUGGAGUUCUCGUUGAGGAAACAUAAUUGUAAAAAGCACUUGUUGGAUGAUAUCGCUGAUACAGAGUUUAUGACAGUGGGUUGCGGAGGAAGCCAACUCACCAAGGCGCUGGAAAAGGUUUCGCAGUUCGCCUUUACUAAAAAACGAGGAGACCGCCCAGAUGCUGAAAAUGUGCUGAUCAUUGUGACUGAUGGUCAAUCAAACGGGCGGAUUCAAGAACCGACUCGUUUGGCAAAAGAGAAUAACGUAACUGUUCUGGUGAUUACCACAAUCGAAGCUGAUAAACAGUUUGUGAAUGAAUUGUCUGGAAAUCGAGCUGAAAAUGAGUUUGGUCUUGAUGGAAACAAUGAGGAUUUGUCAUGGAAACUUGCUCAGAGAAUUGCUUCUUCUUCGUCUGCGUCCUCUGGAUCUUCCGGACCACCAGGAACGAAUCCAAUAGGCCAGGAACCCAAGAAUUCCGGAAUUCUAAGCCCAGUUUUGCCAGAUCUUGAUGAAAACUCACAGGAAUUGGUUACCCGACGUCCUGAGAAUACUGAAAACUCUGGAAUCAUCGAUUUGGAUUGUGUUGGAGAUGGGUUCAAGAUUCAGGUCAACCCACCAGAGGGCUUCAAGGGUGUAGCUGUAGUGAAGGGUUACGCAGAUGAUGUUAGAUGUAAAGCGACCGCGCGUUCCUCGACCCCACUAAACCUGUUCAUUUCGAAUGAAGAAUGUGGUGUGACCCAAGUGAAAUCCUCCGAUCCAAAGGGCCUCAACUCAAGUCUCGUCCUCCACCUCCUCCACGAAAAUGACUUGAAUACAGCUGAAGAUCGUGCCUAUCUCCUUCAAUGUUUCAUAGGAUCUCCGCCAGAUGAGGAUGCAGUGCUCUCCACAAAUCUAGAUGUCGUCAGAAGUGAGCUGGCGAUUGCUGAAACGAUUUCUUUGUCUACCCUACCGCCAACUUGUACCUAUUCGAUUCGGAGGGAUGGACCAGAUGGACCAAUUGUGAAUAAGGCUGUAGUUGGACAAACUGUAUGGCAUCGAUGGGAAUGUGAUGGAACUAAUGAGACAACUCAGGCUUAUGGAAUUCAGAUCCAUAGCUGCUAUGCUAGUGAUGAUGUCGAGAGAAAGUUUGCGUUCGUUGAUCCACGUGGAUGCUCAUCCGACUUGGCACUGCUCACAGAUUUGACCUACGCUGAUGACUCGCUGACUGCCUGGGCGGCGAGCCAUGUUUUCAAUGUGCAUGACGCUGAAUCUCUAAAAUUCGUCUGCAAGCUGUCGCUCUGCACACGCGAUGGAGAUGGGUGUGAAGGAGUUACACCACCAUCCUGCGGAAAUACCAACAAAACUGGCCUCCUUCUCACCAAACGCUUGACAAAAGGAGUCAAUUCUGUAGAUGAAGCCCUGACAUCUGCUCUCUCCACAAAUGUAAAAUUAUCAUCAGGAUCUCCAGACACUUUGGAAGACUUUAUAAAAUCUGCCACGUCAAGUUCUCUCUUCUGGGUAAUUGCCGUAAUCGCUGUGGCUGCGGUUGUAGCAAUUUCAAAACUAUCUCGAAACAUCGCUGACAGCUCUGAAACAGCGACCACAUGUUCGGACCCAACGAUUUCCGAUGCGCAGGACUUUGGCGGCUCAAUCCGAUCGAUAUCUUCUCCUCAACCCAACCCGCGACUAGCAGAUUUUAUGCGAAAUUUUGAUAGAAAUCGAUAUGUCUAA